GCCUCCUCUAGCGCUGAGAAGCCGGGCACGGGAACAGGAAGUCGCAGCCCGGUUCCGGCUCCGCUCUUUCUUUCCUGUCCGUAAGCAACAUGGCCUCGUUUGAACAGAUGAGAGCGAAUGUGGGGACGUUACUCCGAGGCAUAGACAGGUACAAUCCAGAAAACCUGGCAACUCUGGAACGCUAUGUGGAAACGCAAGCUAAGGAAAACGCUUAUGACCUGGAAGCAAAUCUAGCUGUGCUCAAGCUAUAUCAGUUCAACCCAGCCUUCUUCCAGACUACAGUCACCGCGCAGAUCCUCCUCAAAGCCCUGACCAAUCUGCCGCACACAGAUUUCACGCUCUGCAAGUGUAUGAUUGACCAGACUCAUCAAGAGGACCGUCCAAUAAGACAGAUCCUGUAUCUGGGGGACCUCCUUGAGACCUGUCACUUCCAGUCCUUUUGGCAAGCACUGGAUGAGAAUCUAGAUCUACUUGAUGGUAUUGCCGGCUUUGAGGACUCGGUCAGGAAGUUUAUCUGCCAUGUCGUUGGAAUCACUUACCAGCACAUUGACCGGUGGCUUUUGGCCGAGAUGCUUGGAGAUCUGUCAGAACCCCAGCUCAGGGUUUGGAUGAGCAAAUAUGGCUGGACGGAAGCUGAAAAUGGCAAGAUCUUCAUCUGCAACCAGGAGGAGAACAUCAAACCCAAAAACAUUGUGGAAAAGAUUGACUUUGACAGUGUCUCUGGAAUCAUGGCAACUUCUCAAUGACUCUCUACCAGAACAAAAUAAACUUUAUUUUAUGUACAGAUGUGACGCUACAGCCGACUAAUAAAUGCAGUGAAUGGGUC